AUGAGGAUGUCAUCCUCUACAGCUUCUCAGCCACAGUUCACAAAUCGACUGGCUCAGGAAAAAUCACCAUACCUUCUUCAGCAUGCCCACAAUCCAGUCGACUGGUACCCUUGGGGCGAAGAGGCUUUCCAGAAAGCAAGAGAAGACAACAAGCCCAUCUUUUUGUCUGUGGGUUACUCCACUUGCCAUUGGUGCCAUGUCAUGGAGCAUGAAUCAUUUGAGAAUGUUGAAAUUGGGCAGCUGUUGAAUGAGAAUUUUGUUAGCAUUAAAGUGGACAGAGAAGAGAGGCCAGAUGUUGACAGAGUCUACAUGACUUUUGUUCAGGCUACAACUGGCAGUGGUGGAUGGCCGAUGAGCGUUUGGCUGACGCCAGACCUAAAACCUUUUGUGGGAGGUACAUAUUUCCCUCCAGAUGACAGAUAUUACAACCGACCAGGCUUUAAAUCAAUUUUGCAUAUAAUUUCUAAGAAAUGGAAAGAAAAUAAAUCGGAGAUUGAAAAUCAGAGUACCCAGAUUCUAGAUGCUUUAACGCGAGGAAUGCAGGCAACAGAUAAGGGAAGUCCGGUGGUACCAACUAUGGAAGCUAGUGAUAAAGGAAAUCAGAUGCUAAAGAAACGUUUUGAUCAGCAAUAUGGCGGCUUUGGGUCUGCUCCAAAAUUUCCCCAGCCUGUUAUUUUCAAUUUCCUGUUUCGUUACUUCCAUCGAAACCAGACAAGUGAAUCAGGGACUCAGGCUUUACACAUGAGUUUGUUUACACUUACAAAGAUGGCUUAUGGGGGAAUACAUGAUCAUAUUUCACAGGGUUUCCACAGAUAUUCGACUGACAGGAUAUGGCAUGUGCCUCAUUUUGAAAAAAUGUUGUACGAUCAAGGCCAGUUAGCCUGCUCCUACUCAGACGCCUACCAGAUCACUCGUGAUGAUUUAUAUGAAGCAACAGCACAAGACAUUUUCACAUAUGUCCGCCGGGAUCUGAGUCACCCGGUAAGGAAACCAGGGGUCACUCUCAGUGAUAUCUUCUGUCACUAUUAUAACGUGAAGGAAAACGGCAAUGUGGAUCCUUUGCAGGACCCACACGAUGAGCUGAAAAAGAAAAAUGUUCUUCUGAUUACCUCAACUGUGGAGGACACAGCUUCUGAGUUUGAGUUGUCUGUUGAUGAGGUCAAGGAGUCUUUGGAGAAAAGUCGCCAGAUUUUGUACAAUAUCAGGCAGAAGCGGCCUAGGCCACACCUGGACAGCAAAAUGGUAGCAGCAUGGAAUGGUUUAAUGAUAUCUGGUUUUGCCAGAGGUGGACAAGUGCUGGGUGAUCCCACAUUGACAGACCGGGCAGUAAAAGCUGCAUUGUUCUUGAAACAGUACAUGUUUGAAUCUGGGACAGGGAUAUUACUGAGAAGUUGUUAUACUUCUGAUAGAAAGACUGUCUCUCAGAUAGAUUCUCCUAUCCGAGGUUUUGCUGAUGAUUAUGCAUACGUGAUCCGUGGUCUGCUGGACUUGUAUGAAAGCUGUUAUGAUGACCAGUGGAUAGCUUGGGCAGAACAGCUCCAGAUGAAGCAGAACCAGCUUUUCUGGGAUGAAGAUGGUGGUGGAUAUUUCUCAAGCCAAAGAGAAAACAGUAGCAUUGUACUUCAGAUAAAAGAAGAUCAAGAUGGUGCAGAACCAAGUCCCAACUCAGUGUCAGCUAUGAAUCUUUUGCGGUUGUCCACCAUCUUGGACAAUACACACUGGAGAGAAAUGGCUGAACGGAUUUUCAAAGUCUUUGCUGAAAGAAUAGAAAACACCCCUGUUGCUGUUCCUGAACUUGUAUCAGCUGUAAUGUUUUAUCACUCAAGCCCAAAACAGAUAAUCAUCGUUGGAGACAGGAAUGGUGAAGAUACAAAAGGACUGAUCAAGACCUUGCAUAAACAUUACCUGCCGCACAAAGUGCUUCUAGUGUCUGAUGGGAGCACAGAUAGUUUUCUGAGAGAACACGUGAAGAUUCUCAGCUCGCUCGUUUGUGUGGAUGGAAAAGCCACGGCUUAUGUUUGUGAAAAUUUCACCUGCUCUCUGCCUGUCAAUUCCUGUGAUGAACUUGAAAAGUUACUUGUGGGUUCCUUGCCAGCAUAA